GGCUGUACUUGCCGAUCAUCGUCUAUGAUCGCCUUCGACCCGUGAGUUGUCCGUUUUUCGAACACGUAUCAAAGGAGGACAAACUACUACGAACGCUCAUGUUGAUGCUUGCACGAUGAUCGUGCCUAUUAUGAACGAUACACGAUCAAUGAUCAUCGCCGAUAGUGAAGUUCAGGCGUACAUACAAUUCUAUGAAGUUUGUGCACUAUCUGGCACAUAAAUUACUCUAUUGAUUCUGUGUGUUAAUGUUCUGUGUCAAAAUCAAAUUUGUAGGUUAUGAACAUUUCUAAACAACUUUUGAUUUUGAAAUCAUCUCCGGAAUAAUGGAGGAAUCUAAAAUAUAUGAAGGCUUAAAGAAAUAUUUUCGCUUCGACAAAUUCAAAUCAGAACUUCAAAAACAAGCUGUGGUUGAAGUAUGCCAAAGGAAGCAUGACGUCCUCAUUUCAAUGCCUACAGGUUCUGGAAAAUCGCUUUGCUACCAGUUACCGGCUAUGUUACAUGAAAAAAUGAUUACAAUAGUUUUUUCGCCUUUAUUAGCUUUGAUUAAGGAUCAAAUUGACCAUUUAUUAGCUUUGAAAAUUAGAGCAGCAUCCUUGAAUUCAAAAAUAACUGUAUCACAAAGAGAAGCAUUAAUUGCAGACUUGAAAUCAACCUCACCUAAUACAAAAAUAUUAUAUGUUACUCCUGAACAGGCUGCUACACAAACCUUUAAGGCAUUGUAUACAAAUCUCUAUAACUUUGACAAAAUUGCAUUUUUGGUUGUUGAUGAAGCUCACUGUGUCAGUGAGUGGGGCCAUGAUUUCAGACCUCACUAUUUGAGACUAGGGGAACUCAGAAUUGGAGUGAAAGUUCCAUGUAUAGCAUUAACAGCAACCGCAAAUGUAGAGGUAACAAACGAUAUAAUCAGUAGCCUGAAGCUAGCAGAAGAUCGUAAACUUUUUAAAACUUCCUGCUUCAGAAGCAACUUAUACUAUGAUGUUUUUUAUCCGAACCUUUUAGAAGAUCCAUUCAGACACUUAAGGGAUUUUAUAAACGAAUGUCUAAAUGUUAAAAACGAGACAGAUCUGCUGAAAAAGAAUAAAUCUUGUGGCAUUAUAUACUGCAGGACAAGGGAGCAAACUGAAAUGCUCAUGGAAAGACUGAAUAAAUUAGGAGUUAAGGCUUUGUGUUAUCACGCAGGGUUGAAAAAUCACGAAAGGCAGGAUUUUCAGGAAAAAUGGCAAAAUGGUGAUGUACAAGUAAUUGUAGCUACAAUUAGCUUUGGAAUGGGUGUCGAUAAGGCUAGUGUUAGGUUUGUAGUUCACUGGGGUAGCCCUAAAGAUCCUGCAUCUUUCUAUCAAGAAACUGGAAGAGCUGGCAGAGACGGCAAACCAUCCAAGUGUAGAGUUUACUACAGUAGAUCUGAUAGCAAGGCAAUCGAAUUCCAUGUUACUCAAGAUUUGGGGAAGGCGGGUAGUAAAGAAGGGAAGAAAAAGAGGGCAGAAGUAGCAAUGAAAGGACUAAAGUUGAUCAUAGAAUACUGUGAAAACCCGAGUGAAUGUAGGCACAAGUUAUUUUCAAAUUAUUUUGGGGAACCUCCUCCCAAAUGUAAAAAGAACUGUGAUUUUUGUGAAAACAAGAAGAAAGUAAACGAGGCAGCCGAAUUGUUUCUUACAAAAAGCAUUCAGUAUAACUCGAAAGCAACGUCUUAUUCUGACAUGGAUUAUCAAGAUAUGUAUGGUGGUGGAAGAAGAGGAGCCAAAAUGGACGAAAAUGAGUAUAAAAACCAAGAUAGUGACGAUGACGAAGACAAUGGUUUUGAAAGAGAACAAGCAGCUAGGAAAGCCUCAAAUGAAUUCAUACGGAAGCAGUUUGAAUUAAGAAAGAAUCAAAAAGAGGUUUCCCACAAAACCAUCGACUCUCUGAUUGCCCAACAUGCUCGUGUGAGAGCAGCCGCGUCCAGUUCGAGCAAAGUAAAAGGACUGCUUUUAGCGACCAGAGAACAAUAUGUGACAAAACUCACUGAGGUGCUUCACGAAAACUACACGAAAUGCCAAGAGGAACAGACCUUCGAUAGGCAGGAUAUCGAAGAUUGCGCCGUGGAUAUUGAGUAUGAGAUAUUUUCUGCCAAUACCACUCAUAUUAUGUACAAGAGCUCAGUAGCGAGGAUGAUAUCAAACGUGAAAAAAUUUACCGCUGAUGGGAUAGUGCAUGAAAAACUGCUGCUUUUCGAACCAAAACCAUCAAGAAACGAAAGUUUGAGUGACUUAUUCAGGAACAUCACUAAAGAACAGCAGUUGAAGAAGCUAGAAAGUAAAAAGCAGGAAGAAAUUGAAAACGAGACAUCAUUUAGAACUGCUAGAGAUGUUUAUGAUGAGCAAAAAGGUCGGACAGGGCUGAGUAUUGAUCAGAAAAGCAAUGCAGUUGAAGAAAUUAAGGUUAAGACAGAACCUGAGAAAGAUCUACAAGGCUGUGAAAUACACUUAGGCAGUAAAAGUGAAGUUAAAACAGAAUCUGUGAAGGUUGAAUUACCGAGCUUUAAGACUGCUAAGGUAUUUUAUGAUGAACAAAAGGUAGAUUACAAAACAAGUCAGAAAAGGAUUAGUCAUUUUUUUAAGAAAACUGGUGAAGCAUAUUUAGAAGCAAGUACUCUGACAAUGGCUAACACGUCAGGAAAGAAAGAUCUCAAAAGCCUGUUCGGAGAUGAUUCGGAUGAGGAGACUCUUGAAAAUAGUGCCGAUGAAGGAAAGAAAGAGGUAAAAGAGACUACAAACAACUCUAAUCACAAACAUAAGGAUGAUGAUGAUAGAUAUACACCAGAUAUUCCGACUGAAGAUACUGAUAACAUAAAGAGUGAUGAUGAUUAUGAAGCUUCCAGUGAGUAUAAAAAGAAAACAGGUGCUGAAGAUGCCUUAGAAAGUCGAACAAGUCCAAAUGGAGAAAAGUACCCCAAAAAUUAUAAUGAUAGAGAUAAGCCAGCAAGUGAUACUGAUGAUGUUAUGGAACAUAAAAAUGGUUCAGACUCAGCUACAAGUAGGUCACAUGAUAGGCAUCACAGAAAACACAGAGAUGAUAAAUACAGGUCUGAUAAGGACUCUGAAAGUUCAUCAGAUCAUAAAAAUAACCAUAAAGAUGGAGAAACUUCUGGUGGCAGAUGUCAUGACAGACACCACAGUAGGCAUAAAGAAGAUAGGAAUAGAUCAGACACAGCAGAACACAAAAACAACUCAAAAGAGGAUGACAGCUCUGGCGACAGGACACGUUACAAUAGACAUAAAGAUAGAUGGGACAGAGAGGAUCUAUUUGACAGCAGUACGAUGGAGUAUAGACUGAGUUCAAGGGAAGAGGACCCAACGCAUGAGACCUUUGGUGGGAGGUCACACCAUCACCACCAUCAUCAUAGUAGUCGGCAUAAAGAGGAGAGGGAGAGGCGUGAUAGGGAGAGAGACAGAGAUGGAAAGAGGAGGCGGAAGAGUGAUGAGUGGAAUUUAGAUAAAAAGAAAAAACUUGAAGAGGAGUCUAAGAACCAACAGGAUCAAAUGGAGAGGGAUCAGGGUGUCCCAGAGGUAGACGUCACGCCGGAAACGAGGGAUAUUCCAAGUCAUAAUAAUUAUUCACAAGCAGUCAAAGAAGACCCGAAUACUUCGGUGGUAGAAGAGUAUGACCCUGAACAAGCAAUCAUGGAUGACCAGAUGUCAGAACCAACCGACGAUUCAACGGCUCCUGAGGAGCUGGAGGUGCCACAGUUCCUACAGAAAAACGAACCAUCAAGGAGCGAGGACCUGAGGCAGGCGCCUCCGAAACUCGGCAGCCUCGAGAAACAAAAUGGAGAGAGCAGCGGAAAAGGCAGCGUCAGCCAAAGCGCUGUUGUAGGCAAGAAGCAUAAGCUGAAGAAGACUGAAGUCGGAGGGCUGGUGGUAGAACUGUUGUCCCCGGCGUAUGCGGAGAGGAGGUUUGAGUCCAGGGAUACGUUUAAGACCAUGGCGAGGACCAUCUCUCACGCGCUUGCAGAUAAAGAUGAAAAGGAAAUCAAGGAAUACGUGGAGAAUUUCCUGAAGAAAAAUGACGAGAUCACUUCCCAAACCAAGUUAUAACCGAAGAUGACUCUCGUUACGAUGAUAGCCCAUAUUUAGUUUUAAGCAAAAACAAAUAUAAAUAUAUGAUUCUUGAGAAACGCACUCUGGAAGUGCGUGCUGGGAUAUUUUAAUUAUUAAGAUUAGCUAGUAUUGCUCAAGAAAAAUAAUAAUUAUGCCGGACAAUGAUUUACACGUAGCUGAAAUAUCCGUUGAUUAUGUACAUACAUAUUUGUCAUUUUUCCCGCGUCCUUUAUUUUGUCUUGAUUCGUUUGGUUUGGAAAUGCUUAACUGUUUCCCGUAGGUUUGUUUGCUAAUUAAUAACAGUGGACGUAUUCAGAACACGACAAUGUUUGAUGUUGGCGGCUAUUUCAACCAAAUAACGUUAACUGACAAUAAGCGCUAUAAUUCCAUAAAUGAACCCAUCAACUUUUCUUUGUCAAACCUCAACUGUUAUUAUGAUCUUUUUCUAGAUCAAGGUUAUUUCUGCAUAAAAGAUAAUUAUUUAUAUUUUGUACCUGAACGCGAACAGGAGUUGUAUCCUAAAAACAGCUUUAUCAGCGCGGUCAUUUGAAGCUGGACAGGUGAAAUAUGUUUUCGAGCACUCAGAAAAUUGCAGUAAUUGUUUUAUUUUAUAGAUGAUAUAGGAAUAAAUGAGUGCUAUAAAAGGUCUGUGAAACAUUAUCAACAUAACUGGGUUUAAUUAGAAACAAACAUUGUAUUGGUAUAAUCGUGAAUAAUAGUGCAUCUAAACCUAGUUGUUUUAUUUAGAUAUAUACAGGGUGCCCAAGAUAAGGAUCCUAUGGAUGGGGAUCUCAAUACCUGUGGGAGAUACGCCUUAGGUUAAAUUAGAAAAAACUACGUUCUUUGGGGUGUAUUUACAUGCCGUUGAGAAACGUAAAAAUUUCAUGGCUCACUAAGGUAUUUGGGAAAACAAUUAACUAAAUCGUGUUUUUCUAAAUUUAUUUAAGGAAUAUCAAAAAACCAAUAGAACAUUAUCAGUUUUAAGGCUCUACAUCAUUAUGUGGAGCCUUAGUGGUGUUUUUAAAUUUUCUAUCCGACGUUUCGUUUCUGAGAAACCAUCGUCAACUUGAUUUUUUUAUAUGAUCUGAAAAAAGUACACGCUGUAUCUGAUGUAUUACAUGUUACAUUUGCUGAACACAACUGGAAGAAAAUGAAUACGACACCAAAACAAUAUGAUUCCAGCAGGAUGGUGCCACUGCACAUACAGCAAGCAUCUUUUGAGGCUUAACUAUGAUUCUAUGGAUACAAAGGCUUAAGGUUAUUUAAACUGUUGAAGGUCGUACUAGUAUUAUGACUUUAACAAUUUCGUUAUAGCGUUUGCUAGGACUUGAUUAAAGUAACCACUGAAAAAAAACUGUGGUACUUGAGUCAUCAAUCCAAAUUCAUGAAAAAAUGGAAUCAACCCCUGUCCGCUCUGAGGUACAGAUUUUGAGGUGUUAUUCUGUAUGAUAUUUGCUAUCAAUCGCAUAUUUGAAGUGUAUGAAAUUUGAAUACAAGAACAUGAUCAGUUUUUGAAUUGCUAGCUUCUAAACUUAAGGAAUUAAGCGAAAUUUACAACGAAAAUUAUUGUGAAAAUGAUAGGAUAUUGUAGCAUCCUAUAUAAUUUUUAAACCCGGAUUACAGACCUAUGGGACAUGCAUUAGAUGUAAUUUUUCAUGGAAAUGGUUUCCUACAUAUUGUUUUUUUACAGUAAAUAUAGAGAUCAAAUUUA